CUAACAGUAUUCAAGAUUAAACCAUAUAACGGUGAUGGCAUCAAAAAAUGAUGUUUUAGAUGAGCAAGAACUCAAUGCUUCAGAUUGUGUAUUCUUUGAUGCUAAUUCUUGUGAAAUGAAAUUGAAUUACAAAUUGAAGUUCCCAGGAACUUAUAUGAUACCUACUACUAAAAUACUGGAUCUUCUUGACAACCAAGUGUUGUUUAACUAUCUACAGCUGUCUGUGGAGUCUUAUGUUAAACAUGCCAGGGAAAUGCAUAUGGCAAAUAAAAGUAUAAGUUCUCGUGUUAAAACUAAAUCUGGAAAAGGCAUCAGUACAAUUGGAGAAUUUAAAGAAAAUUUGCCACAAACGAAGGAAAGCAUCAUAAAAAGUGAAGAUGUAUUUGAAGUGCCAAGAACAGCCUCCAAUUCUUCUACUUAUGAUUCUUUUCACUCCAUCAAUAUCCCUUGGCACUCCAGUAAAAGCACUGUGACAAAAAGUGCAAAACCCCGUGCCUUCAGGCGCAAAAAAUCUGGUCCAUCCAUAGCCUGUAAGCCCGGCCCUAGCACUAGUUCUUCAAUGACUGAUUCUUCUAAUCAGGAAUCUCAAACUCUUCUUACUCCUUUGAGAUAUAAAUAUACUUACGCUGCUAAACCGAAGAAAAUAAAAGAGAACGUCAGAUUGUUCACAAAUUAUGAUAAAAAAAAUGUUAGUGAGGUUAUCAUUCUUGAUGACUAAUAACUUGGAAUUAGAAGACAAAAAAGGAUUCUUAUUUCCAAGAAUUACCUGAACUGUAAUAUUAUUUUACCUGUAAUGUUUUCCAAUUUAAUUGUUUCAAAUUAUCUUCUGUUUAGUUCUUAAUGAGUUUGCUAGAAAAAGUUUUAAAACCUCUUGAUUUUGUGUUUUGUAGUUAUUUAAAAAUUUUAGCUAAUUUAAACAGAUUUCAUUACUGUUCUUAAUUUUUACUGUGGUUUUGUGCUCUAAUGGCCCCAAACUAAAUGCAUCAAAUCAUUACAAAAGCUUAGCAAACUUUAGUUUUUAAGUAAAAUGUGGUAACAUAAUAAUAAAGUUAUGUUAAAUUUA